AUGGAGGGGAAGCUGCUCAUCUGUGCUGUGCUGCCGCUCGUCUUCCUGCUCUCAGGAAACAACGCACAGUUAGACGUGUGUGGCACCGCACCGCUCAACACAAAGAUCGUGGGGGGGGAGGACGCCCCUGCCGGCUCGUGGCCCUGGCAGGUCAGUCUGCAGCGUAGGGGCUUUCACUUCUGUGGAGGCUCCCUUAUCAACAACCAGUGGAUCCUCACUGCUGCUCAUUGCUUCUCCAGCACCAGCACGUCUGGUUUGGUGGUUUCCCUCGGACGGGACUCUCUAAACGGCAUCAACCUUAACGAUGUGUCCCGGAGCGUGAUCCAGAUAAUCAAUCAUCCAGAUUAUGAUUCACCACCCAAUAACAACGACGUAUCUCUGUUGAAACUUUCCUCGACCGUGAGUUUCACCGACUACAUCCGACCCGUGUGCCUGGCAGCGAAUGACAGUGAUUUCCAAACGGGGACAACCUGCUGGGUCACCGGCUGGGGAACUAUUAACAGUGGUGACUCCCUUCCGUUCCCUCAGAGGCUGCAGGAAGUGACCGUUCCCGUCGUGUCCCAGACUUCUUGUCAGGAAUCGUACGGUUCAAUCACAAGCAACAUGAUCUGUGCAGGUCUGGCCGAGGGGGGGAAGGACUCCUGCCAGGGGGAUUCCGGCGGCCCCUUGGUGAGUAAGAACGACUCCAGGUGGGUCCUGGGUGGAGUGGUGAGUUUUGGAAGGGGCUGUGCUGAGCCCAACUUCCCAGGAGUCUACGCCCGUGUGUCUGAGUACGAGAACUGGAUCAAGAGCCACAUCUCCAGCAACCAGCCGGGCUUCGUCAGCUUCAGCGGCGAUGGAGCGAGCUCCUCCUCUCACUCCUUCGCCCACUCACUCCCCCUGCUGCUGUGCAUCCUUCCUGUUCUCCUCCCGCUCUUCGUGCUCUCCUAG